AUGGUAAUUAUUUUACAAUGGGGCACGGAAUGCCAAAAUUUAGUUGAAGAGAAUCGACGUUUAAUGGGUCUUGCCUCUGGUAUGGUUAGAGGUAAUAUAAUUGUACCAGCGAAUUCAUCAAAUAUUGAAGCUGUUAUAUUACAAACUCAGGUGGAUACAUUACAAUGGCAAUUAAAACAGGUUGAAGCUAGUCGUGAAAUGUAUCGCGCUGUUAUGGAAGAAGUUGUAAGAUUUUUGGAACGUUGCCAUCGAAAUUUGGAAAAUUUACAAAAUCAAAAUCAACAGCAACAACAUCAAUCAUCAUCUUCAUCAUCAACGAUAACAUCAUCAUCAAUAUCAUCAAAUAGUAUUGGUACUGUUAAUAAUAUAAGACCACGUAGUAUACAUUCAAUGACUUAUCGUCAUAAUAAUGAUAUAAAUAGUAUUAUUGAAAGUGAUUCAUCAUCAAUAAUAUCAACGGGUAUAAUACAAACAGCGCAACAACAACAACAGCAACCACCAAUAGGUACAACACAAGUAACAAUAGCAGCUUCAGCAUCAUCAGCACAACAUCAAAAUCAGCAAACAUCAUCAUCAGUAUUAAAUCAAUCAUCAUUAUCAUCAAUAUUUUCAAAUCAAAAUAUGAGCCCUCGAGCACGAACUAGUACAAAUAUAAUUGAUGCUAACAAUAUAACAUCAACAACAUCAGUGGCAACAAAAAAUAAUAAUGGAUCUACUACCAUAGAUGAUGAUUGUAGUAGUAAUAGUUUAGUAGGAGAAUCUACAACAUCAAAUAUUAAUAAUACCACUGCUGCCAUUUCACAUAAUAAUAAUUUCAGAGAUUUUACAUGGCGAAGAUCUCCAAAACGUCAACAAAUGACACAAUUGGCAGCAUCAGCUAGUCGUGAUGUUGAAAAAUUAGCACAAGAAGCUUUCCGUUUAUUACGUACUGCACAAAAUUUACUUAAUACACAAGAACCAGAUUUAACACAAUCAAAAACUUUAAAUCCAGAUUUAUCAUUUAUAUCAAAUUGUAGUAGCAGCAGCAUUAAUGUUAGUAAUAAUGGUAUAAUACAUCAUCAUCAGAAUCAUUCACCCAUACCAAAUGGUAUACCAUCAGUUGUUAUACCAUCAUGUGUAACAUCAGGUACACUUAAAUCAAAUUCAACAACAAAUUUAGAUACAGAUCCAUUUUUAAUAUCAUCAUUUUCACGUAAAAUCAAUAUGAGAGAAUCACGUUUAUCAUUACGUAGUAGCACUGAUAGUUCCGUCCAUUCAACAACAUCAUCAUCAUCAAAAACAACUGAAACAGAUGAAGAAAAUAAUACAACAUUACAACAAAUACAAAAUAAUAAAAUUAUAACAAAUAAUACAGAUUCAAAUAAAGAAUCACCAGUUUGUUCAUCAACAAUUAGUUCAUCAACAACUGAAGAUGAAAGUGGUUUUAGUUCAAUAAGUUCAUUUCAAGAAAUUGGUUUACCAUUACAUUCCACAAUAAUGUCAAAUUCAUCAAUAUUAUUAAAUAAUACAAGUAGCAGUUUAAGUAGCUCUAAUUCAGAUGAAUCUGGUGGUAAUAAUAAAACAAUUGGUAAUAAUUGUAAUAAUAAUAGUAAUGGUGAAACAACAUUGAUUUUAGAUAGUAGAAAUUCAACAUUAAAAUCAAUGCAACAGCAACAACAACAACAACAACAACAGCAGCAGCAACAAAAUUUAGUCAAUGGUAUAAUUGGAUUACCAUCAUCUGGUAUACAUCGUCGUUGGGAUUCUGCUCCAGCUGUACCACCUAGAAAUAGUUUACAUCGUUUUUCAACAGUAUCACAUAGUAACGAUGAGGGUCCUACAGUUUUAUGGGUAUGAGAUUAAAUGAAAUAAAAUGUUUCAAUUAAUACACCAGUUUAUUUUUUGAAACAUAAAACUAUACGCAUAUACAAUAUAAUGCAAUGCGAACAAAAAUGUUAUUCACAAACAUUAUACUAAACAUAAAUUACUAUAAAAAUAUUUAUAAUAAUAAAAAUGAGAUAAAAGUGAGGUUGUUGAAUAAAAUAAUGAAAAAGAACAAUAAUAAAAUGAAGCAUAAAUUUUGUUAGAACUUCCAUAAAUCGAAUUUAAAAUUAAUAAGGAAAUUAACAUUUUUCGUCCAUUUUACAAUAAAAAACAUUAUAUUAUAAUAUACAUACAUACAUAAAUAUAUAUUUAUACAUAUCAA